AUGCAGACGAUUUAUCUGGUCAUGAAUACUACACAGUCAACCUUGAAGACACGAGCAACAGUACCUGCUGCCGCUCUUUUACUUGUAGAUGCCCUCGGCCUACUUGCUUUAUCACACCUUGAGCAUGUACACUCCGUCAAGCCCUCUGCUCUUAUCAAUGCCUGGCUUUUGCUUACGCUACCUUUCGAUAUAGCAAGGGCAAGGACACUAUGGUUAGAUAACGCGAAUACUUCGAUUGCUGCAGUCUUCACGAGUACUCUUGGUGUCAAGGUUAUGGUCAUUAUCGCCGAGGCAAUAGAAAAGCGUCAUAUUUUAAUUGACAGAUAUCGACACAUAUCACCGGAAAAUACUAGUGGAUGGGCUUUGACUGGCGCAUUUGGUAUUGUCUUUCUAGGUUUAGCUGUUUCAAGCGGAACCUAUUACCACAUGGCUUAUCGUUUUAACACGGCGGUACGCGGUUCUUUGGUAAGUUUGAUAUAUGCUAAAACUGUUGAUUUGAGCAUUACCGCUCUUGACGAAUCGGUUGCUGUUACCUUGAUGGCGAAUGAUACAGGCGCAAUUUGUCAAGGCUUCACAUAUAUACACGAGCUUUGGGCGGUACCUACAGAAUUAUUCGUAGCGAUGUACUUGCUCUAUCGACAACUUGGUUUAGCUUUCUUGGCUCCUUGCUCCGUUGCCUUGCUCUGCACGGCAGGCAUUCUUACCAUGGCAAAGUGGAUGGGUAAUGCACAAAAGAUUUGGAUUAGGGGUAUUCAAACCCGUAUCGAUGUCACAGCUUCAAUUUUAGGGUCAAUGAAGGCUGUGAAGGUACUCGGGUUUACGGACAUCCUCACAACCAUGGUUCAACAUCUUCCAAAUUGCACCGGUAUUAUGGCGCCUUUAGUCACAUUCACAGUGUUUGUAAUCUCAGCCAAACUUACAGGCCGAACAUUGAGUACCUCGACAGCAUACACAUCGCUAUCACUAAUUGCUCUUUUGGCAGAGCCAAUGAAUACAUUGGUGAGGACCAUACCCGAACUCAAUGCUGCUGUAGCUUGUUUUGAGAGAAUCCAAUCUUUCAUGUUAUCGGAUGAACGGAAAGAUCAUCGUUUGCCAUUGGCAAGAUAUCAGGCAUCGGCCACUACUACUAAUGCAAGCCAGGGCAUUGAGCUACAUGAUAUAUCACCCAAAGUAACUCCUUCAGCCAUGAUCACAGCGCAAAAUGCUAGUUUCGCUUGGAGUCAGGAUGCUUCCGCCGUGAUAGUUGAUUUUAGCUUUACCUUGCCAUGCUCUCAAUCAUUUUUUAUCAUUGGUCCAGUAGGCUGCGGAAAAAGUACCUUACUCAAAGGAUUACUUGGUGAAACUCCCUCGUCGAAAGGGUUCAUUUAUACUAAAACCUCGAAAACGGCAUACGUUGAGCAAAGUCCAUGGAUUCAGAAUGGCACUAUAAUGGAUAAUAUUCUCGGCCCAUCAACAUUCGAUUCGCCUUGGUAUGAUCAGGUUGUUCGAGCUUGUGCUUUGGAGCAGGACAUUUCUAUAUUGCCUAAUAAAAGUGCUACUCGCGUAGGAAGUGGAGGUAUUUCUCUAAGUGGCGGUCAAAAACAACGACUAGCACUUGCGAGAGCCGUUUACGCCAAAAAUGAGUUCAUCAUUCUUGAUGAUGUAUUCUCUGGACUUGAUUCUGAAACGGAAGAUCAAGUAUUUAAAAGGCUUUUCGGAAAACAAGGACUCUUCCAAGAAAUGGGUACCACUGUUCUUCUUGCAACUCAUGCUGUUCAUAGGUUGGUAUAUUCAGACUAUAUCAUCGCAAUGGAUCAAUCGGGUAAAAUCAUCGAACAAGGUACCUUUGAUCUUCUGAAGGCUAGUAGCGGAUAUGUGAAGAAUCUAGCUACUCGACAUAAAUCAGAGGUAGAUGAUGUCAGAGAAGCUAAUACGGACGAGUUGGCCAUGAAGCAAAAUCCUUUUGCAGCUGUCGAGAGCGACGAUCUCGUGAAUGAGGUAGCGGAUCUCAAUCGACAAACUGGUGAUUUUUCAGUUUACAGCUAUUACUUUGCCUCCAUUGGUUGGAUUCCAACAGGACUGUUCUUUGUUUUUGUCUUUGUAUUUGGAGCAGCGUCCAAAUUACCAGAAUUUGCUUUGACGUAUUGGACAAGAGCUGUAGCUGUUGAAGGUAAUGAAGCAAAUCCAUACUGGUUAGGGAUAUACGGGAUGUUAUCUGGCGUUGCCCUGAUCGGAUUCGUGGCAGGUGUUUGCCAGUUGGCAUUAUAUAUGAUGCCAAAAAGUGCAAAAGUCCUUCACCAAAGACUAUUGGAUUCCGUGAUCGGGGCACCUCUUUCUUUCUUCACAGCCACAGAUACUGGGACGACUACAAAUAGUCAAGAUAUGUCUAUACUUGAUGCAGAUCUGCCAUAUGCAAUGGUUGAUCUAACCUCGUCUAUAUGUCAAGCAAUAAUGGGAGCUAUUCUAAUGUCUCUAUCCGCCGGAUACUUUGCCGCAACUAUUCCGGUUGUCAGUCUAGCAGUCUGGGUACUACAAAAAUUCUAUCUCAGGACAUCCCGUCAAAUACGUCUCUUGGAUCUUGAAGCAAAAUCUCCUCUAUACUCUCACUUCAUUGAAACCCUGAGCGGUUUAACCACCAUCCGGGCUUUCGGCUGGACUGAGACAUUCCGUGAGCAGAAUCUCACCUUGUUGGACGCAUCUCAAAAACCAUACUACCUUCUCUUUUGUAUUCAACGUUGGCUAGGUCUUGUCCUUGAUCUUCUCGUGACGGCUCUUGCAGUAAUCCUCAUGAUACUCAUUGUGAAACUCCGCACCAAUAUCAGCCCAGGCUACGUCGGUCUCGCGCUCUUAAAUGUCACGACAUUCAAUGAAGCACUUGCUCAAAUCAUCAAAAACUGGACAAACAUGGAAACCGCCGUCGGAGCGGUCUCUCGUCUCAAGAACUUCUCUGCCACAACUGUGAGCGAGAACUUACCAUCAGAAAUCGAAUCUGUGCCAGAGAACUGGCCAGCCUUUGGCGCCAUUGAGAUCAGAAAUGUAAAAGCAUCUUAUACACCGAUUUCCGUCCCCGUAAUCCACAAUCUCAACCUCUCUAUCAGACCAGGCGAAAAGAUAGGAAUCUGUGGUAGGAGUGGAAGCGGCAAGAGUUCUCUCAUCGCCGCUCUGUUCCGCAUGUUAGAACUUCAUCCCGGGAGUUCCAUUCUCGUUGAUGGUGUAGAUAUUAGUACACUACCCCGACAAACUGUUCGAGCACGCUUAAACGCUAUUCCUCAAGAUCCCUUUUUUCUACGCAGCACUAUCCAAGCUCAGCUAGACGCUGAAUUCUUCUCACAUGGUCAAAGGCAAUUGUUUUGUCUUGCGAGAGCUAUUUUAAGAGGAGGCAGGAUUAUUGUGUUGGAUGAGGCUACAAGUAGUGUGGAUAGCGAAACGGAUAAAUUAAUGCAGAGGAUUAUCAGGGAGGUUUUCGAGGGAUGUACUAUUCUUGCAGUUGCGCAUCGAUUAGAUACGAUAGCGGAUUUUGAUCGAAUUGUUUUGUUGGGGAAAGGAGAGGUCGUGGAGACUGGAACAUUUGCGGAGCUGAUGCAGAGGGAGGGAGUCAUUUCGGGAGGCUUCGGAUAA